AACAAUGGUAGCAAUGAUUUUGACAUCUUUUGGCAUCUCCACUGCGUCAAGUUUCCAAUCUUUAUUUUCGAUGAUCAAUGAAAUGAAAGUGUGUGUUUUUGUUUGUAAAAUGUGCGCGGUAUUGUCAUAAUAUUGUGGUGGAAUUAGAAUUAAAGUUAUAUAAAAAAAUGACACUUCUUCUGGGAUUGUCAGCAUGGAAAAGUAUUGUAAAAAGAUCACUUUUACCAGUGAAUCAGAUAGUAACAAUAUCAAAUUUCGAUAUUCAUACGUCGAAAUUGUAAAUAUUACUUUUAUUAACAAAAUGGGAGAAAGAAUACGUGUAAGAGGAAAAGUGGGAGAUAACAUAUUGUAUUUAGCUCAUAGAUAUGGAAUUGAAAUGGAAGGUGCUUGUGAAGCAUCUCUUGCUUGCACCACUUGUCAUGUAUAUGUACAUCAUAAUUACAUGGAUAAACUCCCAACAGCUGAAGAAAAAGAGGAGGAUUUAUUAGAUUUAGCUCCAUUUUUAAAAGAAAACUCUAGAUUAGGUUGUCAAAUUAUACUGACAAAAGAAUUAGACGGUAUAGAAUUGGAACUGCCUCAAGCGACAAGAAAUUUCUAUGUUGAUGGCCAUGUACCAGAGUCACAUUAAUUUUUUACAUUAUACCUUACAACUUAAUGUAUAUAUAUUUUGUUCAUACAGUCAAUAUAAUUAUGAACUUAUAUUUUAUUACAUGUAAAACUUAAAUGUAAUAUAAAUUGAAUAUCAUAAUGUAUUGUAUUUCUAGUGAUCAAUGAUUAAAGAAAACAUAUUUUCAGAAUGUAUUUUAAUGUAUUUCAUAAACUUUUAGAACAACAAACUUGAUUUAUAUGACAUUUUGUCAUGGUACAAUAUAUUUAUUUCUUAUACAUUUGGAUUAUGAUACAUAUUUUUAAUUACAAUGAUACAAGAUUUAAACAUUUAUGAUAUAAUGAAUCUGUAAAUUAAAAUUGUAUUUGUUAAUCUUGCAGCAUUUACAUUAUCGGUGAAAAUACACUAUAAGUUUUUUUUGCAAACUGAUCGCGUUUGAGCACUGCCACUAAUGUGUUUACACGUUUUCCAUUUCUGGCAGGCACCUUUAUGCAUUUUCCCAGUUUGACAACUUUCACAAUAACUUUGUGUAUAAAUAUUCUCUAUAUGUGCAUACGUUCUCACGUUUAUUAGUUCGUAAAUACGCAAUUUGCACUUCUUUUAAUACAUCCACACAUAUUUGUGUCGAUAAUUAUUAUCAUCAACAUUGUCAUAUAAUUAUCGUACAAACUAUAUUUAUUUAUAUUUUCUGUUCAUUAUUGAUCACUAUAAUUAUAGACACGUUGUAAUACCUCAGAUCAAUUGCAACCUACAGUCAUACUUCAUAAUUAAAAGAAUUUAAAUAGAAGUACAUUCAUACAGUCAUACAAUGUCAUACAAAAUUACACUGUGAAAAUGAUUAUAUAUGUAUCUCUCAUUUGGUAUGAGCCAUCACAACGGACUUAUUGAAAAAAUAAUUUUUUGUACUUAUUUGUAACUAAAAAUGGAUCGUAAUAUUUAAUUAAAUAUUAUACAAAAAAAGACUGUCUACAUUACAUACGUAAGUGGAAUACUUUGAAUAAAAAAAAAUAAAAAAUGUAUUUGAUAUCAAAAUUAAAUUAUCGACUUUUUAUGGCAGUAAAUAAUUUAAUAUUUACAAAAUUUGUAAAUUUUUAAAUAAAAUUUUUCAAAUUCUGUGAAUUUAUAAUUCUGAAGAUCCUUCUAUAAAUUUUUCUGUAUAAAAGAAAUCUUGAUCGAUAUUAAUCAAUUAACGCGUAUUGUACAUAAUUAUACCAUUUUUGAAUAUCUCCCUGAGCUUAUUAAGUAAAAAUACAAAUAUAAUCUUUUAUAUUAUUAAAAUGAAGGACAUUCUUUUGUUGAAAGCAUUUUUAUUACAAACUGUAUUUAAUAUUCUUUAUCUCAUUCUUCUGUUAAAAAAAUUAGCAUGUAUUUAUGUCUAAUUUAAUAGUAUUUUACAUAAUACAAAAC